AUGUAUAAAAUAUUUAAAGUCUUAAUUAUUGUAAUAAUAGUAUUAUGUAUAUAUUGCCAAAGUUGUUCAAGUGAAGAUAGUCCGAACAAUGAUUCUGCUUUAGGAGAACCUUUCUCUUAUGCUGUUUCAAAAAAUACCGAAAUAAUAGAUAGCACUAAAAACGAUAGUUCAGCAUCUUCGAAGGAUGACAAGAGUACAGUUGGUGUGGAGAUUAGUGGAAACAUUGGAUCAUCAAUAUCAUUUGCAUUCGAUUUUAAAUCAUCUUCAUCAAUCAACUAUCCACCUUUAAUUCUAUCAUUUUCAAUCAUUUUUUUAAUACUACUUUAUAUUUAA